AAGGACAUUUGACCCUUCUCAGGGACAUUGAUUUCUUCAUGAUUGACUUCUUCCCAUCAAAUGCCACGAUUUUCAUUCCCACUUGGUGCGGUAUGCACUCUUCUUUUAGUGCAAGUCGCUCUUGGUGCCCUACGGACGUUCAACUUCACCGUUCAUACCGCCCAGCGCAGACCAGAUGGCUACUCCCGUGAAGUGUACUUGAUCAAUGGAAAGCAGCCCGGUCCACUGAUUGAAGUUGACGAAGGGGAUGAUGUGGAGGUGUUUGUUCGAAAUGAGUUGCCAGUUAGCACUACAAUCCAUUGGCAUGGGAUCCUUCAGCGUGGAACACCGGACAUGGACGGGGUCCCAGGAGUAACGCAGUACCAAAUCCCUCCCGGCGGAAACUUUACAUACCGAUUUUCUUUGAAGGACGAAUACGGGUUUUACUGGUAUCAUUCUCAUUUCCGUGCAUACUAUAACGAUGCUAUACGAGGGGCCCUCAUGAUCCGGCCCGCACCAUCUCGUCGUCGGCCCUUUGAAGACUUGGCUACAAGCAGGGCGGAGCGUGAACAGCUGCUGCAGGCGGAAACGGAUGCGGUACCUAUCCUCCUGAACGACUGGACGCACGAGCUAUCGGACACGAUCUUUAGCCGCUACCUUGAAACAGGCGCCUUCCCCAACUGUGUGGACAGUAUUCUAGCCAAUGGCCUGGGUAGGGUAGAAUGCCUGCCAAAGUAUAUGCUCGAUGCAGGGCCGGGCUUAGGCAUCACGGACGAAGCCAAUGCCACACACCACAACCCUAGUGCGACAAUGACCACUACGGAAAUGGAAAUGCCAUCGAUGGCGAGAAGAAUGGAGCAUCCCACCGAUGAUAACUCCCACGACCAGAUGAUGUCCAUGCCUCUGGUGAGCACGGCAAAUCCGUCAGAGUCCACCAUGUCCACAACAGGUGGGAUGGCUAUGCCCAGCUCGGGUACCAUGGGCGAGUCCCACGCCAUGGACGAAUCAAUGGGGUUGAGCCCUCGGGGCUGCAUGCCACCCAUGAUGUUCAAGCCGGGAUUCAAUAUCACCUCGCUGCCAGCAGAGACAUGUGUGAACACAACAUCCCAACAGCUGGUUGUCAACGCCAAUGCGUCUCAGGGAUGGCUCGCCCUCAACCUCGUGAAUUCCGGAGCCGUUAGCAACCUCAAGGUCUCCCUUGACAGCCACUCAAUGUAUGUCUAUGCUGCAGAUGGACUCUAUGUGAACUUGCAGGAAGUCAAGGUCCUUGAAAUUGCUCUUGGCCAACGAUAUUCUGUGAUGAUAAGGCUUGACCAGCCUCCUGACAACUACUACCUUCGAUUCGCCACUUUUCCAAACGGUGAUAUGCAACAGGUUUUGGAGGGCCAGGCAAUAGUGUCCUAUAAUACCGCCAGAAACGACACACAGGACGUCUCGGUUGAUCCGAUGUCUGUCUGGAUGUUGACAAACGGUUCCGCCACGCGAGGUGCCAACGAACUGGUAGAAUCACACCUGGCACCGUUCGAGGGUAAUAGGCCUCCCGUUACAGCUGCCGAUACCACGCGAAUCUUUAAUAUCAAUCAGACCGACAUUGUCACCUGGGUUGUGGACCGGUAUCCGUAUGCUGAACCAUCGAUUCCAAUCAUCUACGGUAACAUGUCUGAUGGAUGGAAUUCAAACACCACCCUCCACUUCCCGGCGAACUCGACUGUUGAUAUCGUGAUGAAUAUCGCAAAUGACUCGUUGGAUACGAUGGGCCAUCCAAUGCACCUUCAUGGCCAUAAGUUUUGGGUUCUGGGUUCCGGCAGUGGCUCAUUCCCUUACCAGUCGGUAGCAGAAGCGCCGUCGUCCCUGAUCAACCUCGACGACCCACCGUACAGGGAUACCGCGAAUUUACCAUCAGCAGGAUGGCUCGCGAUUCGCUAUAUCACUGAUAACCCGGGCGCAUGGAUACUUCAUUGCCAUAUCCAGUGGCACAUUGUGUCUGGAAUGGCCCUGGUCUUAGUCGAGGGCGAAGAUCAGCUCGGCGCUUUGAUUCGGCAAGGUAAUGGCUCGAUCCCGGAUUCUACUACGCCAAUCACAUCCAGUACCGCACCGUCGUAUACUUUCAAUUCUUCUGGUCCUUGGAUUGCUUUUGGUAUUAUGCUGAAUGCGCUGGUCGCGUUUUCGUAGUGAGCCACUGUUUGCACCUCGCCUGUGUUUAUCUUUUCUUGGCUAGACCUGCUUUUAUCCCUGUAGCAUAUAUGUCGAGUAUUCACUACUGGCAGCGCAUGUUUACUACAGGUACAUUAAAUAGGCGAUGUAUAGUAGAGACGUACGCCUUG